GGCGGGGCGAUGCGCUUGCGCACUCAGAGCUCACACCAUAUGUGCCCUGUCCCAGUGCGCGGGUCUGUGGAGAGCCGGGUGCGAGAGGCGGCAGCGAAGGGGGGACGGAGCCGAACGGAGCCCGAAGUCAGCCGGAGGACUGUGGGUCUGUGAGAGCCCGAACAGAGGGGCUGGGUCUGCGAGCGCCGCUGACAAACGAUGGGGAAGAAGCAGAAAAACAAGAGCGAAGACAGUGCCAAGGAUGACAUUGACCUUGACGCGUUGGCUGCAGAAAUAGAAGGAGCUGGUGCUGCCAAGGAACAGGAACCUCAAAAGUCAAAGGGGAAAAAGAAAAAGGAGAAAAAAAGACAAGAUUUUGAUGAAGAUGAUAUCCUGAAAGAACUGGAAGAAUUGUCUUGGGAGGCUCAAGGCAUCAAAGCCGACAGAGAAACUGCUGCAGUAAAGCCAACAGAAAAUAAUGAAGAUGAAUCCACCUCAAAACAAGAUAAAAAAAAGAAAGGACAGAAAGGCAAAAAACAAAGUUUUGAAGAUAAUGAUAGUGAAGAAUUGGAAGAUAAAGAUUCAAAAUCAAAAAAGACUGCGAAGCCCAAAGUGGAAAUGUACUCUGCGAGUGAUGAUGAUGAUGAUUUUAAUAAAGUCUCCAAAAAAGCUAAAGGGAAAGCUCAAAAAUCAAACAAGAAAUGGGAUGGGUCAGAAGAGGAUGAAGCUGACAGUAAAAGAAUUAAAGAGCGUGCCAGAGUACAUUCUUCUGGUGAAAGUGGGGAUGAAUCAGACGAAUUUUUGCCAUCUAGGAAAGGACAGAAAAAAAAUCAGAAAAAUAAGCCAGGUCCUAAUGUAGAGAGCGGGAAUGAAGAUGAUGACUCCUCCUUUAAAAUCAAGACAGUGGCUCAAAAGAAGGCAGAAAAGAAAGAGCGUGAGAGAAAAAAGCGGGAUGAAGAAAAGGCAAAGCUGCGGAAGCUGAAAGAAAAAGAAGAGCUAGAAUCUGGUAAAAAGGACCAGAGUAAACCAAAAGACUCACAGAGGAAAACUGAAGAGGAAGCUGUAAAAUCCAAGGUGAUGCUUGAUUCUGGAGCAGCUCCUGCCCCUGAGGAGAAAGGGGAGACUCCUGCAGCUGCUGAAGAUGACAAUGAAGGAGACAAAAAGAAAAAAGAUAAGAAGAAAAAGAAGGGAGAAAAGGAAGAAAAAGAGAAAGAGAAGAAAAAAGGACCUAGCAAAGCCACAGUUAAAGCUAUGCAAGAAGCUCUGGCUAAGCUUAAAGAAGAAGAAGAAAGACAGAAGAGAGAAGAGGAAGAACGGAUAAAACGGCUUGAAGAGCUAGAAGCCAAGCGGAAGGAAGAGGAAAGAUUGGAACAAGAAAAAAGAGAAAGGAAAAAGCAAAAGGAAAAGGAAAGAAAAGAACGCUUGAAAAAAGAAGGAAAACUUUUAACUAAAUCCCAGAGAGAAGCCAGAGCCAGAGCCGAAGCUACUCUUAAACUUCUACAAGCUCAGGGCGUUGAAGUGCCAUCAAAAGACUCUUUGCCAAAGAAAAGGCCAAUUUAUGAAGAUAAAAAGAAGAAAAAAACACCACAGCAGCUGGAAAAUAAAGUAUCGGAACCAGUGGAUUUAAGUGCUUCUGUGGAAGUUGUAGAACAAGGAGAAGCAGAAAAAGAAGAGACGCCUCCUCCUGUUGAACCAGAAGAAGAAGAAGAAACUGAAGAUGCUGGACUGGAUGAUUGGGAAGCUAUGGCUAGCGAUGAGGAGACAGAAACAGAAGGAAACACGGUGCAUAUAGAAGUAAAAGAAAACCCUGAAGAAGAGGAGGAGGAGGAGGAAGAGGAGGAGGAAGAAGAAGAGAGUGAAGAGGAAGAGGAGGAAGAAGGAGAGAGUGAAGGCAGUGAAGCUGAUGAAGAAGAUGAAAAGGUGUCAGAUGAGAAGGAUGCAGGGAAAACCUUAGAUAAAAAGCCAAGUAAAGAAGUGAGCUCAGAAUCUGAGUAUGACUCAGACGACGAUCGAACUAAAGAAGAGCGGGCUUAUGACAAAGCAAAACGGAGGAUUGAGAAACGACGACUUGAACAUAGUAAAAAUGUAAAUACAGAAAAGCUAAGAGCUCCUGUUAUUUGUGUACUUGGUCAUGUGGACACAGGGAAGACAAAAAUUCUAGAUAAACUCCGUCACACACACGUACAAGAUGGUGAAGCAGGUGGUAUCACGCAGCAGAUUGGUGCCACCAAUGUUCCUCUUGAAGCUAUUAAUGAACAAACUAAGAUGAUUAAAAAUUUUGAUAGGGAGAAUGUACGGAUUCCAGGAAUGCUGAUUAUUGACACUCCUGGGCAUGAGUCUUUCAGUAAUCUGAGAAACAGAGGAAGCUCUCUUUGUGAUAUUGCCAUUUUGGUUGUUGAUAUUAUGCAUGGUUUGGAACCCCAGACAAUUGAAUCUAUCAACCUUUUGAAAUCUAAAAAAUGUCCCUUCAUUGUUGCACUCAACAAGAUUGAUAGGUUGUAUGAUUGGAAAAAGAGCCCCGAUACUGAUGUGGCUGUUACUUUAAAGAAGCAGAAAAAGAAUACAAAAGACGAAUUUGAGGAGAGAGCAAAGGCUAUUAUUGUGGAAUUUGCACAGCAGGGGUUGAAUGCAGCUCUGUUUUAUGAGAAUAAGGAUCCCCGCACUUUUGUGUCCUUGGUACCUACCUCUGCGCAUACUGGCGAUGGCAUGGGAAGUCUGAUUUACCUUCUCGUCGAGCUGACUCAGACCAUGUUGAGCAAGAGACUUGCUCACUGUGAAGAGCUGAGAGCACAGGUCAUGGAGGUUAAGGCUCUCCCAGGAAUGGGCACCACUAUAGAUGUCAUAUUGAUCAAUGGACGUUUGAAGGAAGGAGAUACAAUUAUUGUUCCUGGAGUAGAAGGGCCCAUUGUCACUCAGAUCCGAGGCCUCCUUUUACCUCCUCCUAUGAAGGAGUUAAGGGUGAAGAACCAGUAUGAAAAGCAUAAGGAAGUGGAAGCAGCUCAGGGGGUGAAGAUUCUUGGGAAGGACCUGGAGAAAACACUGGCUGGUUUGCCCCUCCUUGUGGCUUAUAAAGAAGAUGAAAUCCCAGUUCUCAAAGAUGAACUGAUCCAUGAGUUAAAGCAGACACUUAACGCUAUCAAAUUAGAAGAGAAAGGAGUGUAUGUGCAGGCAUCCACGCUGGGGUCGUUGGAAGCUCUCCUUGAAUUUCUGAAAACAUCAGAAGUGCCCUAUGCAGGAAUUAACAUUGGCCCAGUCCAUAAAAAGGAUGUUAUGAAGGCUUCCGUGAUGUUGGAACAUGACCCUCAGUAUGCAGUAAUUUUGGCCUUUGAUGUGAGAAUUGAACGGGAUGCACAAGAAAUGGCUGAUAGUUUAGGAGUUAGAAUUUUUAGUGCAGAAAUUAUUUAUCAUUUAUUUGAUGCCUUUACGAAAUACAGACAAGACUACAAGAAACAGAAACAAGAAGAAUUUAAGCAUAUAGCAGUGUUUCCCUGCAAGAUUAAAAUCCUUCCUCAGUUUAUCUUUAAUUCUCGAGAUCCGAUAGUGAUGGGUGUGACCGUGGAAGCCGGUCAGGUGAAACAGGGGACACCUAUGUGCGUCCCUAGCAAAAACUUUGUUGACAUUGGAAUAGUAACGAGUAUUGAAGUAAACCAUAAACAAGUGGACGUUGCAAAAAAAGGACAGGAAGUCUGCGUCAAGAUAGAACCUAUCCCUGGCGAGUCUCCCAAAAUGUAUGGGAGACAUUUUGAAGCUACAGAUAUUCUCGUCAGUAAGAUCAGCCGGCAGUCGAUUGAUGCCCUCAAAGACUGGUUCAGAGACGAAAUGCAGAAGAGUGACUGGCAGCUUAUUGUGGAGCUGAAGAAAGUAUUUGAAAUCAUCUAAUUUUUCCACAUGGAGUAGAUGCAAUAUUACGUUGUAAUAUCACCAAGAAAAACAAGACAAAAACGGAGUGGACCUAUCUGAAAACUGAUGAACUGAAGUAUAGAAGGAAAAAAAUAGGUGUAUAAAAUGUUUUCCAUGAGAAACCAAGACCCUUACACUGGUUUGACAGUGGUCGAUACAUGUCCCCACAGUUCCAACGUGCCUGUUCACUUGCCCAGCGCCUUCCCAACCCUUCUCUACUGGCUGCUGUUUUAAAGUUUGCCCUUACCCAAAUCUGGAUUUUUAUUACAGAUCUAAAGCUCUUUCAAUUUUAUACUGAUUAAAUCAGUACUGCAGUAUUUGAUUAACCAAGCUUCUUCAGAUUUUGUGAUUCUUGGGACUUUUUGAUGUAAGAAAUACUUCUUUAUUUAUGCAUCUCCUUCCCACAGUGAUUUUUCCCCAGCGUUCUUCUGCCAUAUGCCCUUAGAAAUUUUUAAAAAUAGAAGAAAAUUAGGCGUUCUGCUACAUCUUUACCUGCUUAGUGUGAAGCCAUGGUGUAAAGCAUAGCUGGCUGCUAUCUACUGCUUGUGUAGUCACGAGAGUCCAGUGUAAUCAGCGCAGUUCUGAACUCCAAUAAAGAAACCAGACAUUGACCUGCGGGCUCUGCCAGGCUCUCCAGUGGGCCUCCACCCCCGUACAGCUCGUUCUUUCAAGGAAAAGAACUAUUUUAUUAACGGUAGGAGUUUUUAUAUAUCAAUCUUGGUCUAUUUUGUCCUAGAAAACUCUAUCAUGCAUACAUUUUCUGACGAGACAAUCAAUAGGUACUGAUUAACUGUUUGGACUUAGUAUUUCUUUCCAAGUUGUUACAGAGACAGCAUAAUGGUUUCUUCGUAUUAAUAAUCUGAAUAUAGUUAGUUUUUUAUGGUUUUCCUGAAGAAUGUGGGAAGUGGGUCCCUGAUGUAAGAAAUCUGUCAGCCUGAGAUGAAUUCUUCUGGCAGACCCCUAACACCUGACUACCUAUUUAUAGCACAGUGUUGAAUGAAAGUCAAUGUGGGGUGUUGGAAGAAAAUGUUCCCAAGUAUUCACUGGCAUAGAAUUACAAACUCUAUUUUUAAAGUGUUAUGGCAUAACCUAUAGCAUAGGAAAAUACUUUUAUAUACAUUUGAAAAUCUGUACCAUUCAUUAUUAUUGAAGUUUCUCAAGGGCCAGUAGAGGCAAACACAAAAACCUCUAAACCAUCUGGGGGACAUAAUUUUCCCAGGAAAAAUUUAACCUUCAAUUGUAUGUGUGUUCUCAUUCAAAAUAUGUAAAUUUCUCCACUUGGAAGAAGUAAAGAAGAUUUUCUUAA